CUAUAUAAAUAUGGACUGCUAGUGGUAACUGAUAUCGCGAAAUAUUGAAAGUCAAGAUGUAUUGCGACAUGAAUGACCAAGUGGUGAAUGUAGGAACUAAUUCUUGUGAAGUGUGUACUUUGGUGUCACUUACAAAAAUUCCACAGUGUAUCAUUUACAUAUUUUUUUAAGUUAUUUUAUUUAAAAUGGUAAUUUAUUGUUUUGUAGAAGGAUGUAAAUCAACAAGAUAUAAGAAAAAACAUGAUAAAAAUUAUAACAAAGAAACAUUUUAUGGAUUUCCAACGAAUCCAGAUUUGAAGCAAAAAUGGAUCGAGGCAUUGUUCAAUUUGAACAAACAAGACGGUACACAGAUACGUAAAACAAGCAAAAUUUGUAAAUUACAUUUUGCAGAGGACUGUUUCGAACAAUUUGGUUUUUGCCACGUCCACUUAAAACCAAAUUCAAUACCAUCAAAAUUUCCAUGUAUGCAAAAUGAUAGUGUGGAUAAAUCAAUAACAUAUGACAAUUCAUUGAAGGAAAUAGUUGAAUCGUUUAAAAUUAAUGUGAUGAAUAAUAACGAAAUAGCUAAACCUGAAGAAGUUGACAGCAUUGAUUCAACAAUUCAAGUUGUUGAAGAAGUCAUCAAUUCAGUGACUCCAAAAAGAACGUUCAUGGAUCGUUUGAAAACUGAAAAUAUGGAAAAGGAUUUUCAAAAUAUUCCAGAAUAUAUAAACAGAACUCCAACAAAAAAGAUACGAUAUCCUGGUGAUAUAGGUGAAAAUGCCAUUCAGGAUAUGACGCCACAUACAGCAAUAAGAUCUGUGAGGUUACUGAAGCAAGCCUGUGUGAAAAAAGAUAUUACAAUAAAACGAUUGCGGAAUGAACAAAAUCAUCGGAAGAAAAAAAUAGAAUCUCUGCAGAAAUUAUUAACAGAUCUGAAGCAACAAUGUCUUCUUUCAGCAAAUUCUUCUGAUAUUGUUGAGAUACACGGAAACUCAAUAGAGAAGAAAGAGGACGAUUCUAACCUCACUUGUACAUAAUUGUACAUAUCACGAAUUAUUACAUAUAAAAUUUACAUAUGUAUAUACAAUAUAUCUCUGAUAUCCUUUAAUAUUUUAUGCUAUAAUAUUAAUUAUGAAAGAAGGACAUUACCUUGAUAAAUAUUGCACAGUUGGAACAAAAAGCACGCGGGAGGCACAAUGGGCACACACA